UUAGUGGGAGUGUUCACAAGUUAGAAACUGCUGCCAGCAGUCAGACACGCUGUCAUAUUCAAACAGAGUUCAGGGACGGUUUCAGUGCUGCCCUCUGACCCACCAUGAAGCUGCGUGUGAUCGUUACACUGUGUGCUCUGUUCACCAUCACCCAACAGGUAUUUUCACAAGAUAAGUGUACGUGUGAGUUGACUAAUUCAGAGAAGGCAUUCCCUCAUGACAAACUCAGCACAGUGGAGGGCAAUGCAUCAAAAUGCAACAGCAACAUCACCCCACAGAAGACUCUGGAGCUGGAGAUUCUGCUGCUGGGUUUGGAGCGACGUCUGCCCCAGCUGCAGGAAGAUGUGUCGAUGCUGGAGAGGGAGGAUGACGGAGACCUCUACGCAGUUCUCAGCCUGUAUGUGAUAGAGAAUGAACUGAUGGAGAUCAAGCAGCUCAUUGACAGGCUCAACAGCACCACCAAGGCACACCAGGGUCUGACUGCUGACACCACUAAACAGCUCGAGGACCUUAGUGCAGAGAUGCAGGAGCUACAGACAUAUGACACCAUGCAGGUGGUGAAAAGACUAGAAGACAACCACCGUCUUAAGAGAGACCUGGACCAGUGCAAGAAUGGAUUUCACCCCACCAUCCAACCCACUCAACCUCCACACAGUAAAUGUCCCCACGGUGAAUUUCAGAACAUUACUGGCCCGAGGGUGUACACAGCAGGAGAGUACCCUGGCUCCUACAAGUAUGGAGCCUGGGGUCGGGAUCCCAAACCAGAGGCGGGGAAGGAGAGCUGGUAUUGGCUGGUAAUGUUGACCUCCAGCAACAGAUAUGCCAACUACAUCCGUCUCUACUCUAGCCUGAGCUCUCUCAUUGUUGGGUUAAGCAUUCCAGGUAAUGUCCAGAUCCACUCCUCUAACCCAGCCACCAACACUAUCCAGGGUCCGAAUAUUGUGCUGUAUGGAGAGGCCUUGUACUACAACUGUUACAACCUAGAUGCUGUUUGUCGAUUCAACCUUACCACCAAAACUAUCACCAACUUACAACUACCCAAAGGCACCAGGUUUAACUCAAAGGGUAACUUCUGCCACCUUGAGGAAUGCUACCCGUUCACUGACCUGGACCUGGCAACAGAUGAGUCAGGUGUUUGGGUGAUCUAUACCACCAGCCAGGACUUUGGCAACCUGGUGCUGUCCAAGGUGGAGGAGGAUGAACCAAUGACUCUUGGCCAGACCUGGCACACCUCGGUCUACAAGCAGGGGGUGACCAACACCUUCAUGGCCUGUGGCGUGCUCUACGCAACACGGUAUGUCAACAAAACCAUGGAGGAGAUCUUCUAUGCAUUUGACACCACGACGGGGGUAGAAAGGUUCAACGUUGGAGUUUUCAUCAACAAGAUGUCUCCCAACAUUUAUUCCCUGAACUACAGCCCUGUGGACCAGAUGCUACAUGCCUACUGUGACUCCUUCAUGGUCUCCUAUAAGGUCUUGUUUUGGUAGGGACAUGUCUCUACCAAUAUUCAGUGACUACUGAGUUGUCCUUAGCAAUAACUGUAAUUAAAAACAUGUAAAUAUAACCACUGUUGUCCGUCAGUGUCUGGUCAAUGUAUUAGGAACAUGCAGGGUUAACAGAUCUCAUUCUCUACUACGAGUCCACUGCGUUUUAGUUCACAGGUAUUUUGUCUUUAGCAAUUGGUCUUUUUUUGUGUUAAAAUAUUCAAUAUGAAUGUGAAUCAUGAGCUUGAGCAUGAGAGUAAUGUCAAUCAGUGGCUCUCCUGGUAGCAGCACAGAGUCUCUCCCUCACCUGUCACACCGUUGCAUGUGCAUGGUGCGAGAGGAGAGGGAGAGACACAUUACAUUGGCAUUUACAGAUUUAGCUGAUGCUUUUAUUUGAUGCAGUAUUUCACUCUUCUCAGGGUUAACAAACUCAAGUACAGUUUCCAUUAAAUUGUCAUGCAAAUUUAAACCAGACAUUUGAAAUGUCGCAGAAAAUUUAAAAAAAUAAAUGUGAAAUAGGUGCAUUUCCAUCA